AUGGAAUUUGAAAAACGUAAAGUCAAUGACGAAUUACUUUUGAAUGACAAAGAGGAUGAGACUUUCGAUGAUUUCGCGGAAUAUAAGAAAAUACUCGAUGAAUUGAAAGUUUCGUUCUUUGAAAGAUGGAAGAUUAACAAAGUCGAUAACGUUAAUCUAAACGAUUUCGAACGAUUUCGAACAAUUGGGACCGGUGCAUUCGGACGUGUUAUACUCGUGAAAUAUAAAACUUCUGAAACUUACUACGCUAUGAAAAUCUUGGAUAAAUCGAAACUCGUGAAAUUGAAGCAGGUGGAUCAUACGUACAACGAAAAGAGGAUAUUAGAAUGCGUCAGAUUCCCGUUUAUCGUCUUCAUGGAAUUCUGUUUCAAAGACAAUUCGUACGUGUAUAUGGUGUUACCGUAUAUCAGUGGUGGAGAAAUGUUCACGCAUUUAAGACGAAUGGGAAAGUUCGAGGAAAAUCUGGCACGAUUCUACGCCGCCCAAGUUGCUCUUGCAUUAGAAUAUCUUCAUCAUUGUAGCCUGGUUUAUAGAGAUUUGAAACCAGAAAAUAUUUUAAUUCAGAAUACGGGCUAUCUCAAAAUAACGGACUUUGGCUUCUGUAAAAUGAUCAACGGUAGAACUUGGACUCUUUGCGGUACUCCUGAAUAUCUCGCGCCGGAAGUGAUAUUGUCGAAAGGAUACGGCAAAUCUGUCGAUUGGUGGAGUUUUGGCGUUUUAAUUUACGAGAUGAAUGCUGGUUAUCCGCCAUUUUUUUCGCGAGAUCCGAUGAAAAUAUACGAGAAGAUCGUCGCUGGUAAAUACAAAUUCGCUCAUCAUUUCGGCGGAGAAUUAAGAGAUAUUUUGAAGAACAUACUGCAAGUAGAUCUUACAAAGAGAUACGGUAAUUUGAAAUCUGGUAGCAUGGAUAUCAAAAGUCACAAAUGGUUUCAGCCGAUCAAAUGGUUAGAUGUGUAUAAUCAAAAGAUAUUACCUACUUUUAUACCGAAAUGCAUAUCGCCUGAUGACACUAGCAACUUCGAUUAUUACGAUGAGGAACCAUUAAAAGUGGCCACGGUAGAUCGUUACGCUAAAGAAUUCGAGAAGUUUUGA